UCGGCCAUUAAUUAAUGUAAUUGCAGUGUGCCCUAAAGGGGCAAUGUUUCUGAAAGCUGUGGAUUGUGAGGGACAGGUGAAGGAUGCACAAUUUAUUGCUAACAUCCUUAUACAAUGCAUUCAGGAUGUGGGACCUCAAAAUGUUGUCCAAGUAAUAACGGACAAUGCAAAGAAUUGUAGAGCUGCAGGUAUGUUGAUUGAGACAUUGUUUGAACACAUAUUUUGGACACCUUGUGCUGUCCACUCUCUCAACCUCAUGCUACAAAAGAUAGGCAGGAAAAUAGAUUGGAUCAAACAAAUUUAUGUUGAAGCUGAAGAGAUCCAAAUGUUCAUCACAAACCAUAACAUGUCACAGGCCAUUUUCAGAUCAUUUUCACAGUUGGAGUUGCUAAAGGUAAUUGAAACACUUCAAUUUUUAAAAUCUACAUUUCACUUUGAUGGUUACUUAAUUUUUAUUUUUUUAUCAUGUCUUCUUUGUAUUCUAAUUUUUAUUUUUAAUUUUUGAAUAGGUUGCCGAGACCCGAUUUGCAUCCAACACAAUCGUCUUGAGGCGACUUGUGAAGGUGCGACAGCCACUUGCUAGCAUGGUAAUUAGUCCAAGUUGGUCCCUAUGGAGGCAAUCCAAUACUAAAAGGGCAGCAAAUGUAAAGCGCAUGAUCCUAGAUGACACUUGGUGGGAUCGAGUGGAAUAUCUUUUGAGUUUCACUGAGCCCAUCAUGAGUAUGAUCCGUUAUACUGACAUGGAUCACCCAUGUUUGGGAGAGGUAUAUGAUGGCAUUGACUUGAUGAUUGAGAAAAUGAAAGCCAUCAUCAAUGCAAAAGAGCAAGAUCCCGAAGAAACUUUCUUCAAAGAGGUUCAAUCAAUUUGUGUUGAGCGGUGGAACAAAAUGACCACCCCACUACAUCUUCUUGCAUUUGCAUUGACUCCCAAAUUUUAUAGUGAUGAAAUGCUUGCUAAGCCAUCAAGGGUACCACCAUAUAGAGAUUCAGAAGUCAAUGAAGGGUGUAGGACAGCACUUACUAAACUCUUCCCAGAUUCUGAAAUGGAGGAUUUAAUGACAAGUGAGUUUGCUGAUUUUGUAGCCUCCAAUGGUCAAAGUGUUUCCGCUCUCCGUGACAAGUAUAAAAAGGAUUCUCAUGCUUGGUGGUACCUCAAUGGCCAUACAUCACCAAACCUUCAAACUCUUGCAAUCAAAGUUUUAUCGCAAGUUGCUAGUUCCUCUUCAUCUGAGCGAAAUUGAAGCACAUACUCCUUUAUCCACUCAGUGAAAUGCAACCGACUGGCAGCAAGUAAGGCAGAAGAGCUUGUUUAUGUGCAUUCAAACUUGCGCCUUCUUACUCAUAAACAAAAUGAGUAUAAGGAUGGGAGCACAAAGUUUUGGGAUGUAGAUCCAGAGCGAACUGAUUUGGAUUUUUCAGUUGCCACACAAUCUUUACUUUCUGGGGAGUCUGAUAGCCAAUGUGCUACUAGUGCAAGUGGCAGUGAGGCUGCAUGUGGUUCCAGUACUCUACCUACAUCAUCUAAUGUCAAUGAUGAUGUUGAUCUUGAUCUUCCUAGUGACCCAUAUGAUGCUAUUGCUGAUUAUUAGUUGUGUUAUUUUAUUGUUGAACGGUUGAGCCAGUGAACAAUGAAUUCGAUAUCUAUCAUAACAUUCAAAGU